UGAUCGAUCGCAAAGCCGCAUAGAAAUGGCAGACUCUGCGCAGAGCUUCAUCUUUAUUGGCCUCGCCACGCUCAACAUCGUCAUAUCCCUCGACGGCGGCGGCGUGCCUGCGGCGCUCACAAAUAUCCAGCUCAGGUUCGGGCUGCAGGCGUGGCAGCUCGGGCUGCUCGGCUCGCUGGUUUACGUCGGGCAGGCGACAGGAUGCCUGCUCGGCGGCCCGCUCCUCAAGCGCUUUUCUCCCACGCGCGUGUGCCGCGUGAUGGUCUGCCUCAACACGGCGAUGACGGCGAUGUUUGCGAGCAGUCAGAAUUCUGCCUGGCUGCUGAGCACGCGCUUCUUCAUCGGGCUGCUGCAGGCUCCCACGUCGGUGUAUUUCCCCGUCUGGGUCGACGAGUACGCCCCGCCGGAGCGGCGCACCCGCUGGAUGGCCCUCAUCCAGGGAGGGACGCCGCUCGGCAUCAUGCUCGGCUACGCCAUCUCGGGCGUCAUGACCCUCGACAAGGAGCUCGGGGACGGGUGCCAUGCCGGGUACAUCGAGCACGCAGGCAGCUGCCUCAGCACUGAGGGCUGGCGAGUCCCCUUCUACGUCCAGUCGGCUGUGCUCGUCUGCUUCACCAUCGCCGGCUUCUUCCUCCCCCAAAAGUCCUUUGACCUUCCCGACACGGUUGACGCCGGGCUGCGGCAGGCGCAACGCCAGUCGCGCUUCUCGCAGCAGCCACCGCCUUCGUUGCGGGAGGACGCCUCGCACGCCGCAGAGGCGUACGACGAGACGCCGCCGAUGAUCAAGCCGCCGCAGGUCGCGCGCAAGCCCACCAACCUCGACAUCGCGCUCGAGAAGAUCUCGUCGCGCAUCACGAGCCACAGCGUGCUCGGCCGCGAGCGGCUCGACUCGGGCAUGCUCGUCGUCGAGGCGGCGCGCGAGGUCUUCUCCCUCAGCCGGCGGGCGAGCGCGCCGGUGAUGGCCGCCACGGGCUCGAUUGCCGCCACGUCGCCCGUGGAGACGCCGGUCGGUUCGCCGAGCAAGGGAAGCAGCGGCGGGCUGACGACGAGCGGGCCUGCGACGGGCUGGACGCGCCUCGCGCAGGCGUCCACGCGGUCCGGCUGCCUGAGCUCGCUGUCGGGCGGCUCGGGCGGCUCGGACGGCAGCGAGAAGUCGGCCGGCGCGGUUGGCGUGGCUGACGCUGGCGGGCAGGCGGGAGGAGACGCGCCCAACGACGAGGAGGAGGGGAUUGGGGUGGCGGCGGACGCGCCGCUGUCACACAAGCCGACGAGCGUGCGGCGGGCGGUGCGCCACUUGCUGUCGAGCCGCGUGUUUGUGUCGACCGUGUUUGCAAACUGCGCGCUCUUCUUCGUGGUGACGGGGAUCCAGUUCUGGGUCACCCCGUACCUGACCGACUACCUCGGCGCGAAGAAGCUCACCGUCGUCUUCAUCUUCGCCAUCACCUCCAUCACGGCGCCAAUCAUCGGGCUCGCCGUCGGAGGGACAGUCAACGACCGGCUCGGAGGCUACCAGGGCAAGCGCGGGGUGGCCCGCACGCUCAAGGUGGAUGCGUGCUUUGGCUGCCUCGCCGCCAUCGCCGCCAUCUCCGCGGCGGCGGUGCCGUCAGGCAAGGCCAAGGUAUUGGGGUACGAGAGCUUCCCGCUGGGCUUCGACGCAAACUGCUGGGCCGUCGUCGCGCUCCUCUGGAUCACCCUCUUCUUCGGCGGCUGCAUCGUCCCGUCCACCUCGGGUGUCCUGAUGGAGACGGCACCGCCCGACGCGCGGCCGGUCGCGUCGGCGCUCGGGAUGUUCUCCUACCAGCUCUUCGGCUACGCGCUCUCGCCGCAGGUCAGCUCGCUGGUGAUGCAGAUCGUGGGCUCGUCCAGCGAGGAGGAGGCGGAGCAGGGAGUGCUCUCGCCGACCCAGCUGCGCGUCGGCUUCUACACCGUCAUGUCGUGGGGGUCGAUUGGCUUCGUCUUCCUCACGAUCGCCUCCUGCUUCGCCGCCCGCAACCUCCGGCGCGAGAUCGCCGCCGCCAGAGAAGACCCCGUGGUGAGCAUAGAGGCCAGCCAGAGGGCGUCACUGGUGAGCGAGCAGGCCAGUCUUUGAGCGUGUGCCGCCAGCACGCAGCAGUGCCGCCGUGAUGCUUCUGCGCCGCCCUCGUUGACUUGGACGUUUGCGUUGGUUUUGCGAGCCUACUUGCGGCAGCCCGAGCGCCGAGGUGCAUGUGGGAGCGCGAGCAGCACGCCCGCGGGGGCCACUCCCCCCAGUCGAGUGGAUUGGACACGAUUGAUGAUGUGCCAUAUCGCGCCGCGGGGGCUGUAACCAAGUAAAUUGCUCGCACAUAAACCGAACGCCGCCGCUCGAGUGUAUGUGACUUGUGACAUAAUUCACGGUUCGGAUAUGUGAUCGCGGUGAGACACACAUGCCACAUAAGAUAUACUUGGCACUUGCGAUUGUGUGCAUGCCGCAUCGCAUCGCUGCAUGCUAGCUAGGAUGCUGGGGCAACUCCGGUAAACCCCAGCCAAGCGCCCGCUCUCUCAGCUCGCGUUGCUCUCGCCGCGGAGCCGCUCGACCAGCCAAGCGACCGCAGACUGCUGCGCGUGUGCAUUCCCCUCCAGCGAAGCGAUGGCGUGGCCCUCGCCGGGGAACUCGAGCGCCGUCACGUCCGCCGGCGCCCCUUUGCGCUGACGGACCUGCUGGAGAGCGCUCACCCAGCUGCGGCCCUGCUUGUGCGGCACGCGCUGGUCUGCUGCGCCGAGCAGCAUGAGGGCCGGCGCCUCCACCCUGUCGAUCACGCUCAGCGGCGACCGCCUGUGCAGCUCGAGCAGAUCCUCCGCGCCGACUGGCCACGUCGCGUCUGCGCCCGCCGCGUCGCCCUGCAGCCCCUCGGCGCUCACCCACUCCGGGAUGUCUGUCGUCCCGAGCAUGGCGGGCAAGUCGACAACCUGCGGUGGGAACACACAAGGGUCGGGGGCGGGAGUACGGCCUCGUGCGGUGUACUCGUAGGGCCGUGUGAGUCGAGGGAUACGAAUACAACGAGCACGGCUGGAUACUGUCGAAUGUAGAUGACUGCGUGUCCUGCAAGAGUACGCAUUCAGCUU